GUGUAUAAUUAAUAAAAUUUUCAAGAUAAUCUAUUAUUUUAUAUAAAUUGGUUUUAAAAAUUUUCGAUUUGUUAAAAAAAUGCCCAAGAAAAGUAAACAUAAAAAAAAGGCGCAACAAGAAGACUUUAAAAAACCGAAAUUGAAAGUUGGAAAAAAGAAACAACAAGCUAGUAAUUUUACGGAUACUUCUUUUAAAUCGCGAGCAAUAUCUUUGCCAAGUCAAAGUAUUACCGAAGAUAAAUCGAAUGAAAUAACAAAUUCCAGAAAUUUAACUUUAAAUGAACUAUUGACACAAUUAAAACAUUAUAAUUCUGGAAUGCGAAAAGAUGCUAUCAUAGGUUUAAAGGAUUUUUUUCGCGUUAAUCCGCAUAUUUUAUCACAAUCUUUAUCCUUAGUUGUGAAUUCUCUUUUGCGAUUGUUAAUUGAUGAUAAUAAAUUUGUGAGAACGACAUUGUUGUCAUUUUUUACAGAGUUUUUUAUACCCAUGGAAAAAUCGGAACUGAGACCUUUCCUUCCAAUCCUAAUUAUAUAUACUUGUUCGGCAAUUACACAUAUUUAUGAAGAUAUACGUGCCGAUUCAAUCAAGUUUAUGGAAUUAUGGCUUAAUAUUGCACCCGAUAUCAUCGUAGAUGGAUUUUGGCAACGGGUGGUACCUAAUUAUAUUGGACUUUUAACGACUGAUUCGAAUACGAUAGUUACCAAUUCAGCAUCCAGUAUUGUUACACCUUUGACCAAUUCACAAAAUCAAUUUUGGUCGCAUGAAGUUAAAAUUGAAAUUUUAUCGAGUUUCUAUAAACUUUUAAAAUAUGGUUUAAUUGAUGAUGAUGAUGAUUCAAUGCAAUUUAAACAAAAUGUUUCAAUUGAUUGGGAACAAGUUCAUGGAAAGGUCGAACUUUUACCUCCACAUCCGUUGAGAUUAUCUCUCCUACCACAUUUGUCUCAAUCAAAGUCAAAAUAUACUAUGCAAUUAAAUCUGUUCAAUAAUUCAUCAUCCUUAAUAGCAGAAAAUAAAAAUGAACGGAUUAACAUUAGCAAAAUAUUAUCGCGGAAUGAAACGAAUAAGAAUAUAGAAGAAAAUUUCGAUGUUUCAACUGUCCAAGGUCGUUUAUCUGGUGCAAAGGAUCUUUUAAGUGUCAUAAACCCAAUUCUCCUUGCGAUUUGGUUAGAUACCGCACCAUCAAUUCUCGGUACGAUCUCAAUUAAUCAAAAUUCUCACUCAUUAAAAAUAAUCCAUCUUGUACUAAAGAUUAUGGUCGUACUCUGGAGGUCAACGAUAAGAUAUGAACUGAUAAAUCAGGAAUUUACGGACAAACAAUGGAUCGAGUCACAAUUAAAGCAAUUACUUAAACAUUAUGUAGUUUACUUUCCUUUCGGUGCUGAAUCCAUGAGUAUUCAUGAUGAGAAGGUUGAAUCCACUUUGCAAGAAAUGAAUUUAAUAUUUUGCGAAUUAACAUCAUUCUUUUUGAAAAUAUCCACGUUAAAAAAUAAAGAAAUGGAUUCAAAUAAUGAUAAAAAAUCCUCUCAUAAAAAAAGGAAAAGGGCUGAAGUUUCAAAUUCUUCUGAAUCUCAACCACUUUGGAUAGAACAAGUUGUAGAAUAUAUUUUACAUGCUUUAGGUUUUGAGUCAAACAAAGCGCUAAUGACAUCAUCAACUAGUGAUUUCAAGGCUGAUCAUUUGAAAACUUUAUUACCAACAAUAAAGAGUUUACUCAAUUGUUUAGAAGAUGAUAAGCAAGAAUCUAUUUUCAAGGCAAUUCUUGAUUAUUCAAAAAGAUGUCGCUCUCAAUCAACAAAAAGAAUCUUUAUAGAUUUCAUUUCGAAAUUGUUGAUGUUGCAAGAAACUUCACACUCUAAAGGUCUUUUUCGCAUAUAUAAUGACACUUCACUUGCUGAAGAAAUUCAAACCUGGGCAUUGAAUUUACCUAAAUUAUUAUGCGAAUUGAAAACAAACAAUAUUGAAAGUAUCGAAACGAGUCAGAAAAUUCUUCACGUUUUAUGUGACUUUGCAAAAAGAAGUGGUAAAGGAAUAUUUAAUGAUGAGGUAAUAUGUUUGUCUCAUUUUUACUAUAAAACAUUCUCGCGUGAUAAUUCAAAAAUUAUUUUUUCGCAGAUUAUGAUACAAAUUCAAACGGCACUAAUCCCUUUCCUUCACGUGGACUUACCUAAUAAAGAAUCUUUACUUAUUUCAGGACCACUCUUCGGACCUUUCAUUUAUUUACCACAAAAUCUUCAACGAAAAACCAUAGAUUUCCUUUUCUAUUGUCCAAAAAUUAUUGAUAAAAUGAAAUAUGCUUUGGAGAAUGUUCUAAACAAAGAAGAGACCGAAUCCAUCAGAAAUUAUGCGAUCUCUUUGUUAUAUAGGAAAUUUUAA